UGUUCAUCUCCAACUCGCGUCGGCAGCGAAUUGUUUUUCUGCAUUUCGGAAAAUAAACGUUAAAAUAAUAUAAAAACCGGAUCCAGACCAAUCGUUAGCACACUGCGAUUGCCAAGAUGGUGAAACUAACGCCGGAGCUGAUAAAUCAGUCGAUGCAAUACAUAAACCCAUGCCGGGAGCGCGAGCUGGAUUUGCGCGGCUACAAGAUUCCACAGAUCGAGAACCUGGGCGCCACUCUGGACCAGUUCGACACCAUCGAUCUGUCCGACAACGAUUUGCGCAAGCUGGACAACCUGCCGCAUCUCCCGCGCCUUAAGUGCCUACUGCUGAACAACAACCGCAUCCUGCGCAUCAGCGAGGGACUUGAGGAGGCGGUGCCCAACCUGGGCUCCAUCAUUCUUACCGGGAACAACCUGCAGGAGCUGAGCGACUUAGAGCCCCUAGCCGGAUUCACUAAGCUGGACACCAUCUGCCUGCUCAUCAACCCGGUAUCCACGAAGCCCAACUACCGCGAGUACAUGGCCUACAAGUUCCCGCAGCUGCGUCUGCUCGACUUCAGAAAGAUCAAGCAGAAGGACCGCCAGGCGGCGCAAGAGUUCUUUCGCACCAAGCAGGGCAAGGACAUGCUUAAGGAGAUCAGUCGUAAGUCCAAGAUGAGCUCCGCAGCCAACAUAGCUGCAGAGGCGGGGAAUGGCAAGGGAAGGGGAGCGGAAGGCGGACGACUGGCCAAUCCGGAGGAUAUGCAGCGCAUCCGCGAGGCCAUCAAGCGGGCCAGCUCGCUGGCAGAGGUGGAGCGUCUAUCGCAGAUCCUGCAAAGUGGUCAGCUGCCGGAUAAGUUUCAGCACGAGAAGGAGGCGGUGGCGCAAAACGGGGCGGGGCACAACGGUUCGGGGGCCGUGGCCAUGGAUUACUAGGAUUAGAAUCCCCCGAUUAACUGUCAGCUACCUUAUAACCGUAGACCAAUAUUUUGUAAUAAAAAGCCAAAAGUUGAUUCAUUGCA